AUGCACGGAGGACCCGGCGGUGUCGCCACCUUCCUGCCGGAACUGUCGUCGGGCGAAGCUCGUCAGAGUGGGAUCAGGGUCUUCCAGUGUGCGGACGAUGGAAGUGGGACUGUCAAGGCCGCAGUCAUCGUAUUUGAUGCGGACCUUCACAUCACGCAGUACCCGAAACUCACCACGAACAACAUCUCUGUGGUGGGGAUCCGAGUUCGCAGCCGGGAGAUCAUCCUGGUCUCAUUUUACUUUGAGCCUAACCUGCCGAUGGACUCGUACCUGGCACAUCUGCGCCGGGUGCAGCGCGAGACGGGAAGUCGGAGUAUUGUAAUUGGGGGAGACUCCAAUGCCAAAUGCGUCUGGUGGGGUAGUCCCGUGACGGAUCGCCGCGGCGAAGAACUGCACGGGUUCCUGGAGGACCUCGGUCUCUGCCUCCUGAACCAAGGGGAAACCCCCACCUUCGACACUAUCCGGGGCGGCGAAAGGUACAGCAGUUAUAUUGAUAUAACUGCUGUAUCGCCUGACCUGCUUGGCCUGGUGGACGGCUGGCGCGUGCGCGAAGACCUGACCAACUCGGACCACAACGCCAUCACCUUCCUCAUCAACACCAAACACAUCAACACAAACACCAUCAGACACACAACACGAAAAUACUUCACAAAAAAGGCGAAUUGGGCCCAGUUUCGUGAGAAACUGGGUCAAAUUAAAACGCAAGAACACUUCACAAUAGACACAAUUAAAAACAUACAGACACACGCACAAUUGGACUCCACAAUAACUCAACUAAACGACAUAAUACAAAAAACAUGCACAAAAACAAUACCACUAACAAAACAUAGGGAGGUCCUUGCGAUGCAAACAUAG